AUGGGAGGAGUAUCUCCAGAGCAGUGCACCGCGACACACGAUGUGCCCACCCUCGUCCUGUCCCUUGUGUUGAUCACAGGCUUGGUCAUUAGUUACUUGCCUCAGCAGCAUCUAUCUAUCAUCUCAGCCCGCACGUCCGAAGGGAUAUCGCCGUGGUAUCUCCUAUUGGGUGCAACUUCCUCUGCUUCGGGGGUAUUGAACCUCCUCAUCGUCCAAUGGCCUUUAUUUCGGUGCUGCAGUGUCACCAGCGCCGGCAGGUGUUUCGAGUCUUUGCUCGGUUUCUACCAAGUCACUCUUCAGUGGCUCCUUUUCAGUAUAGUCCUCGUUCUCUUCCUGAUAUACUUUCCGAAGCACCUCAAAUAUCAAGUCGUCAAACCGAUAUCAUCCUCCGCUUCGUCUCUUGCCGAGCCCAACUAUGGAGCUGUACAGCACCAUCACGAGGAACACGAAGCAGAGCAUAGUCUGGAAACUGAUACGUCCAAGUCGACUAUCACGACAACACCCGAGUGGAGAUUAGCAGUGACCCUUGCCAUCGUCGUGGCUUUGCACCUGCAAGUCAUAUCUCAUGAAUUAUCCCUGGCAUCACUUCUUGUCCUCCCCCCAACAACCCCUCCCCACCCCCUCCUCCGCUCCCUCGCAACCUUCCUCGGCGUCUCUGCCACCCUCCUCGCCAUCCUCCAAUACGCCCCCCAAAUAUACCAAACCUACAACUCCAAGCUCGUAGGCGCUUUAAGCAUCGGGACGAUGGUGAUCCAGGUGCCGGGCAGUGUGCUGUUUGUGUUGAGUUUGGUGUUUAGGGAAGGCACGGAUUGGACGAGUUGGUUGGCGUAUGCGGUGACGGGUGGUAUGCAGGGGGCUUUGCUGGUGAUAUGCUUGCUUUGGAAGCAGAGACAAAAGAGGCUGGGGAUUGAUGACUUUGGCGAUCCCUUACCCGAAGCCACCGAGAGUAAUGAGGCCCAACCACUCGUCAACGGACAAUGA